CCCGGGCCCCCCCCGGGGUCGCUGCGCCGGGCCCGGCCCCCCCCGCCCCCCGCCCGCUCCUCACGGCUUGGCCCGAGGCCCGGCAGGGGCGGGGGCGCUGCCCGCGCCGGCCCCCGGGCGGUGCCCCGGCCCCUCCGCCCCCGCCGGCCCCGCCGCCGGGGCAGCCGCUCGCACCGGAGCCGCGGCCUCGCCCCGCGCCGCCGCUCUCGCUCCCCGCCCCGCGGCCCGGACCCCGGUCCCCGCGGGUCCCCGCCGGCUGCCGCCGCCCCGCCCCGCCCCGCCAUGCCGUCCAACAAGUCCGUCUCGGACGCGCCCAUUGUCCAGUUCACCAACUGCCGCAUCCUGAGGAGCCACCGGCUGCAGAGGGAGGACCUGUGGGUGCGAGAGGGGAAGAUCCUCAACCCAGAGAAACUCUUCUUUGAUGAGAAGGGCUCUGCAGACAUCCAGCUGGACUGCAAGGGCAGCAUCAUCGCCCCGGGCUUCAUCGAUGUCCAGAUCAAUGGAGGCUUUGGGGUGGACUUUUCCCUGGCUACAGAUGACUUCAAAUCAGGCAUUGACCUGGUCAGUCAGAAAAUCCUAUCCCAUGGAGUCACCUCCUUCUGUCCCACCCUGGUGACCUCUCCUCCAUCUCUGUACCACCAGGUUCUCCCUCAGAUCAGUAUAAAAAAUGGUGGAGCCCACGGAGCAGGUAUCCUGGGGGCCCACUUGGAAGGACCGUUCAUCAGCAGGGAGAAGAAAGGAGCACACCCAGAGCACUGCCUGCGCACUUUUGAGGCAGGUGCCUUCCAGGACCUGGUUGCCACUUAUGGGUCCCUGGACUGUGUCCGGAUAGUCACCCUGGCCCCAGAGAUGAAGAGGAGCCACGAGGUGAUCCAGGAACUCACCAAGCGGGGCAUCUGUGUGUCGCUCGGUCACUCGGUGGCUAACCUCUCCCAGGCCGAGGAGGCCGUGCAGCAUGGUGCCACCUUCAUCACUCACCUCUUCAACGCCAUGUUGCCCUUCCACCAUCGUGACCCUGGAAUCGUGGGGCUGCUGACAAGUGACAAGAUUCCUGCUGGGCAGAGAGUCUUCUAUGGCAUGAUCUCAGAUGGCAUCCACACCAACCCUGCUGCCCUGCGCAUCGCCCACCGAGCCCACCCCAAAGGCCUGGUGCUGGUGACAGAUGCCAUUGCUGGCUUGGGACUGGCACCAGGUCGGCACACGCUGGGUCAGCAGGUGGUGGAGAUCGAUGGGCUGAACACCUACAUUGCAGGUACAAAGACCCUGAGUGGUAGCGUGGCCACCAUGGACACAUGUGUGCGACACUUCCAAGAAGCCACAGGGUGUUCGGCAGAGACAGCAUUGGAGGCAGCAUCUCUGCAUCCUGCCCAGCUCCUGGGGAUUGAGCACAAAAAGGGAACACUAGAUUAUGACGCUGAUGCAGAUUUCCUGAUGCUGAAUGAUGGUCUGUAUGUGCAAGCCACGUACAUUGCGGGUGAGGAAGUCUGGAGACAGGACUCGUUUGGCAUGUGACACUGGGCUGUCCUGGUGCCCUCUGAGGCUCUCUGGCACUGUGGUUAGCAGCUUUGGUAACCACUCCACUUCUUUCUUGUAUGGUUGUUUUUUUUAAAAUUCCUUCUUGCAACUCCCUUAAAGGAGCCUCAUACCAAAGAGCUGUGUUUUCCAGCGCAACCGCUGCUUCCAGUUACAGCCAUGCCUGCAACAAAUUUGUUGGUGCUCAGUUAGUGGAGUGGGGAAAGCAGGCAGAUAUGCGUUGGGGGAGUUUCUCACUCCCCAGAGUGACCUGAAGGACUGCACAGCUGUCCUGUAUGGAGUCCCUAAGCAGAGGUUCUCCUGUUGCCACCUUAUGGCAACAUGAAGCUGUCCCAGCCUUUGCACUGUUCUAUACAGCACACACAAACCUGCCCGUGCCCGAGGCAGCUCAAGCCAUUUCCAUUCCUCUGCCUGCUCCUUGCCUCACUCCUGGGCAGCUGUGGCUGGUUAGAUAUCAGCUUACACCAGCUCAGCUCGCAGCUCUUCACAUUCAAAGGUUCCUGCUGUGUCAGCAGAAGUUGAGGAUCCCCUCUGCAUGUGUCCUCCGGAGCAAGGCAGGCGCAGCUCGCCCGCUCGCUGCCAGUGCGGGGCUGUGAAUCCAUGUGGGCUGAAUCCUCAGGGCAGAGAUCAAUCCCAGGAAAAACUGAGGCAUUGCUGGUCCUUUGUGCCUUUCCCCUGCAUAGGCAUUGAGUCCACAACACGUGGCUGGAGACAUGGACAGCAUCCUGCCACAGACAAUGAUGUUCCUCUUGACCCUUAGCUCUGGCUAGGUGGGAUCUGCAGGCUCUGUGCCCAGCCAUACCUAGUAAAGCCUUUGCACCAUCAGAUGGGUUUGAUUCCUCAGGCCACAGGUGGGCAACUUUUGCUUUCAGGGAUGCUUCAAGAUGCUUGUAAGCCCUCCAUCCAGCUCAGGGUCUGAGGGAAAGGAGAACUGCAGUGGGAUUCUGACCUUUCAGGACAGUUGCUGAUAGCUCAUUCUUCCCGUGCUCGUUGUUACCCUCUCCAGUACUUGACUGUCAGCUCUUUUCCUGACACUUGGACACUUCUGUGUAAAGACUGAUGCUGAUUUCAAAUGUACCACAGUCAGAAAAGCUUUGUGAUAAGUCUUAGACAACCUCUAACAACCCUCAAACCAAUUAGAUGUUUUUUGUCAUGAGGGGAGGGCGUAGACAAGGGCUAAGUCUUAGCAAGGGUGGGGGUUGUAAGGCAAGAUAGAGGUCUGGUCAAUGCUAGCAGAAGUGUGCCAAUUCUUCCAGUACCUUUUUAUAACCUUUAAUAGCUACAUUUGGAAGUACUUUCCUAGCACUUUAAAGCCCUGCAGGAAUAACUUGCAGCCUUGGAGAAUUUCUAACAUCAACUGCCAAUGUCAGCAGAAACAAUAACCUCCAUGAUUUGAAGCAUUUGAAAGAGACAUCAAACACUGUGCUGUGAAACGGGACGUGCUGCAGCAUUACAGUUCUCAGUGGGGGCACUUUUGACUGCUGUUGAAACAAAAAUCCACGGGAAAAAAUGCAUACGAAACAAGGUGUCUAACUUUUCUUUAGUUACAAAAUUGAACAGUCAAAAGGAAAUCUGAAAUAGAAACGGAAGUGGACAA